ACUGUAUGCCACAUACUACCACACAGCCCCGUGUGCGAUCGCUCCAGGUUGGAUAGGUUCCGAGCAGCAGUCGUAGUUAAAUCAGUGAAUUAUCCUUGUAAUCUAGUGUUUCGUGUUCCGAAUGUCCGUGCGGCGUGUAGUUAAGUGGCCGAAGUGUGCGAUGUGCAUCAAGUUGACCCGUUCAGCGUACCGGAAGCGGUCAGAAACUGCGAUGCAAAAGUGAACCCGAGGCAGCUCUUUCGUCACUGUGGUAGGCAUAGGCACCUCUUUUUUUUUCUCGUAUAUGGGAAGGGAAAAGCUGCUCCGACCGAGAAGAGGUGUGUAGAAGUGUGUACAACAUCGAUACGAGAAGAGGGUGAGGAAAGUGAGCCGCGAGCAUAGGCUUCUUCGGAGUGAUGAGUGAAAAUUGCAGUGAUCAGUGAGACGUGUAUAUCCCGUUCGUUACCCAUACUGCUACCGUUGUUCGGAUGGUCGAUGGCGAAAAAGUGCGUCGGUGUGCGAGUGCAGCGAAAGAAGCAAAUCCACAAGUUCGUGACAAUAGCAUUGAGAAGGUUGUUUAUUGUUUUUAAAUAGUUGUGUACAUCAUUCCGCGUAGGACAUUGUAAACAGUCGGUCUCAGCUGGUGUGUUUGGACUGGAAUUGGAUUUCCCGUCAUGUAUAACACAUUGUAAUCCCAUUUGUGUGUGGAUUGAAUGGAAUUGUCACAAACGGAACAGCAGUGCAGCCAAAAAUUCGAAAUGUGAGCGCGAAAAAAGUCGGAUCAAAGUGAACAUCUAUGUGCAGUUGCAGUUUUCGAUUCGCGUUGCCAUUACUGGCAGCCCUGCCAUGUAACUAAUCUCGCAAAGCAUAGUUAUCGAUAACAACAGAAGGCCAAACAGUGAAAAAUGUGCGAUUCCCAUGCGUUCCUGCGAUCGGCAACGUCAUAAUCAUCAUCACAUUUGCUCCUUUCUUCUGGCAAUGUGUACUUGUUGUGUCUGUGUUUGUGAAUAUAAUCGAAGCAACAAAAAAAAUAUAGUCUAUAACAUCCUGUGGGGGAAUACCCAAACUAAUGAAAAACAACUCGGAUUCUGUGCACUGACCGACUGGUUCCGGAUGAAGAAUCAACACACAAGUCUGGCGACGGGCAACAAUUUCUGCUGAGCGCAAACAAACUGUCACCGUUACCGCGUUAGUGGUGCCAAACCAGCCCCGUAGCAGCGCGACCACUCGUGGAAGGAAACCCCGAAAUUUUCCCCGGAGUCUGCCGGAGGCCGUCGCACUUUUGCGUCCGCCUUGGCCGACAUCCGUCCUAGACCGCCAAUGAAUCGUCGGCAAUCGUUGGACAAGCCAGGUGAGCAAGGUAUUCUGUCUCCUCCGGGUCCAUUUUUGACGCCAAGUCCAUCGCCAUCGAUACCAGCGAGUCCGCGUCUGCAGCCAUCUCCAUCGCAAUCGCCAUUCCAGCAGCAACAGGAUGUACUGCUAGUGACGAAUAGCAACGCAAUAGGCAGCUUGGGCGGCCAGGAUCAAGAUCGCAAAGCUGGAAUUAACAAUCGGCGCCAAUCGUUCAAUCAACAGCUUCCUCAGCAACAAAUUAGCAAUAGUAGUCCAAAUGCUGCCACGGUGGUGUACCGGCCGAGUCCUACACAAUCGCCGGCCGGAGGUGCGGCCUUCAGCAUAACUACCAUACCUGGGAAUGAGUUCAACACCACCUUGGUUGGCUCUAAUAACAUCUCGUUGAAUAAGAAGGGUCGCAAAUCAUCGGCGGCGACUGUGAUUCACCAGCCACAGUUCAUACAGGCCCAUCAGUCGCAUCAGCACGUGCUCAAUCAUUCACACGCCGGCCAUGGACAUGGGACAACGAUUGGAGCGCCCGCAUGUAGCCCGAAAGCGGCGAAAAAAGCACUGCAACAGCAUAUCCAACAUCAUCAGCAGCAGCAGCAGCAACAACAAGCCCAACAAGUUUCUUUCGUCGGGAGUCCCAUUGCCAGCCCCAGUCCGAUUGCGAGUCCUAACGGAUCGAUUCUGGUCACUACAAGCAGUCACGGUGGGCUUGGUGGCAGUAUUAUCGUUGGUAGCUCUGCACCCGGGACGAAUAGUAGCUCUGGAGGACCUCCUGGCUCCGGUCCCUCAGCAACUGGAUCGGCGCACCUAAGGCCUCCCACACCACAACCAAUUAUUCAGCAAUACCCCAUGAUGGGCGCCGGCAAUCAAAUAGUGCAAAUAUUACAAGGUUCUCAAUUUAUCACUCAGCAACCGUCUGUUCAGCAGCAGCAGCAUCACCAGCCUCACCAUCAACAUCAUCCUAUGCAAGGGCAUACCCAGAGCAUUCAAAAUCGUCAAACGAUCAUAUCACAUUCGCCGCAACCACAUCUCGGCACGCAGCAGCUGCAAACCGCACACCAACAGCAGCAGCCGCAACAAUUUAUCCAACAAAUCAUCACAUCUUCUCCGUCCUCCAGUUCUUCGUCAUCUUCGCCUGCCUCUGCGGUAUCCGUUGCGGGAGGAACCGUAAUAAUAGGAGGGCACACCCAGAAACAGCAGAAAGCUCCCCAGCAAAUCUUGCCGAAACCGGUCACUCCCUCGGUAUCGCCAUCACCAGGUUCCGCCCACCAGAGUCCUCAACAACAGUUUCAGGGAUCCUUCUCGCUCGCUCUGACGGGCGCCGGUGGGAACAAGACAAUUAUGACACAGCCAAAAACAUCCGUCGCGACAGUGAUGAACCAUAUGCCAACACAACUCCAGGUAACGUCGACGGCAACCGGUGCCCAGUUUGUGACCCAACAUCAAGCCCAACACCAGCAGUCUACUACCCCACAGUCCCAAGCGGUGGCAACACCGCAGACAACACCUACGGCCACACAGUCACCCGCGCCGGGAACGCCCCAAAACGGUGGAUCGAUUAUCCUGCCCACGGGCAACCUGAACGCACAACCACUAUUGCUCAACCAGAUGCCGGUCAUUGUACAACAAAAUACACCCCAAGGGGUCCAGCUGAUACUGAGGCCACCUGCGCCCCAAAUAGCGACCCCCAGCUUGGUGAUCCACAACACGAGGCCUCCACUGCAACAGCAGCAACCCCAACAAGUACUCCGAAUACUUAACACCAAUGGGGCGAUGCAAUUAGCGGCUGCGCCAACUUUUAUUGUUUCUUCCCAGGGUAAUUUGGUGCAGCAGAAUAUUCCCGGCCUGAAAACCAAUCAAGGCGUUCCGUUGACCCAAAUUCAGGGAUUGCAGGGCCAACGGCAACCGCAGCAGAUAGCGGCCGCGAUCAAUCAACACUUACUCAGCCAGGGAGUAGCCCAACUUCAGAAUCUACAACUAAAUGGGAAUCUGACACAAAUCCAGGUGCCAAACGGGUUAAACGGUCAGCUGCUGACAUCGCUCCCGGCUCAAUUUCAACAGGGUGUAGGCAGCUUUAGUCUACAGAAUCAGAACAUUAAUCUCAACCAAAUCAGCAAUGCCAAUUUCUCUCAGCUAGCGGCCGCGGCUGCUGCGAGUGGAGCUACAUUCACAUCACCGCCCCCUCCCACGGGGCAGCCUUCCUCUCAGCCGGGAGAGAUCGUAGUAAGUGCUCCCAAUAUUCAUUUCGCUCCCGCCCAACCCGGAGGAACAAUAACGGUGAACGCACCCGGACAGCAACAGCAACAUCACCCACAAGGGCAUAUUUUCACGAAUUCCUCUAUCGAUGGUCAGUUGCAAACCACCCAAAUCAUAACUUCAGUGUCUUCCGAAUCGAUCAGGCAGCCGACGCCGAUUCUUACUACCGCGGGAGGCCAACAGGUCAUUGUGACCGAUACCAAAGGACAGCACCAGAUUCAUCAGAAUCAAGUUCACAACCAGCAGCAACAGCAUUUUUUCGGUAAUACCACUUCCUCUAUUCAACAGUCACCAGUGCAAAUACAGCACCAGUAUUCGCAACCAAAAUUUGAACCGGAGAAGCCUAAAAAGGAACGUAAAAGUAAGAAGAAAAAGACGACCCAGCCUCCGGUUGCAACAGCUGCUCCCAUUAUGGUGACCCCAAGUGUACCGGUAGUGAGUCAAGCGCCAAUUGUUAGCACAGCCCCAGUGUUUCCCACACCGACGACAACCGAGCAUUUGGCUUCUCCCCCGACGUCUCCAAUCUUCGCCAAUACACACACUUCGACUGGCAAGCUGGAUCUGGCGAAUCUGAUGAAAAUUUCCGGAAUCGGCAUCGAGGAUGAUGAUUUCAUGGACUCAGAUGAGCCACAAUCGGCACCGGCGCAACCACCACCUCCGCCUCCUCCUCCGUUGGUGCAGACGAGUCAAACGGUUCCAGAGUUUACGAAUGCAGUGGCUCAGAACGAACCCCCAGCAGCAGCUCCGAAGGAGCAGCUGAUGUCUCCACCACCGGCGCCGCCGCCUCCAGUGCCCGCAACCACCGAUAUUAUGAUAACCAUCCCUGGAAGUGCAGCUGGGACGAAUGUUGACUUCCCGUACACGAUAUCUAUCCCAACGUCCGGUUUGGACGGUAAUCACGAGGUGCAUGUCAAAACUUCCACCGCAAAUGAGGCUCCAUCCAGACCACCGUCACUUCAGCAGCUCCCUCCACCUCAGCCACCCCAAAUUCAGCAGCAGCCGCAGCAUCAACAACAACAGCAGCAAACCCCUCCUUCUGCUCCGCCACAAUCAUCUAUACAGGAGCCACCCCCAUUCAUGAUCACAAUCGAUCCAUCCACUGAUCCUAACUCUGCCCAACCAUACACGAUCUCAAUACCUCGACUCUCCAGUGGUGGUGGUGGUGGUGGUGGCACUGCAGAUGACACCAAAGUAAUCAGUGUAGCAACCGUGGCUCCCACACCGACGGUUUCGACUAUUUCCACCACCCACCAGGCACCGGUUACCACAUCCACCCAGAACACGAUCUGGGUCAACAGCCUGAUGAACAACGUGCUGAACACGCAGGUGACACCAACGCUACAAAGUCAAAUUAACGAAAUCCAGAAUCAGCUCAUCCAAGCGGCAGCUUCUUCGACACCCGGCAGCGCACCAUCUUCGCUGGCCACAGUCUCCUCGGUGAUGAAUCAACAUUUCCCUGCCAGCAGCCAGCCAAAUUCCAUCUCAUCGGCGGCGGGUGUCGGUUCUUCUAUUGUGACCUCCACGUUGGCUUCUCCGGUGACGACAUCGAUGGUCAUAUCGCCCAGUAAAACGACGGUCACCCUGACGAAGAAGAAAUCGGGCGUUGGAAAGAAGAACGGGAAGAAAAUUGUUGACAAGACGCUUGAAACGAUUAAUGCAACGGUUCCAACCCAGAUCGGGAACAUCCAAAUAUCGCAGAUCGACGGAACGACGGCGAAUAAUAACAAAACCACCAAGGGAAUGAUUAACAAUCAUAUCCAGAUAACUCCUAUUUUGGACAAUAAGACGACGGGGCAGCAGUUUCAAGCGGUUGUUCCACCAUCGACGCCGCUUCAGCCGCUGAAUGCUUUGUCGGCUUCGGUACCACCUCAGCAAAACCAAACAACCAUUCAGACACAAAUCACAGCACAGCCCCAACCCCAGCAACAGCUUCAACAUGUUGCCCAACCUCCGGCGCUACAAACUCAGCUUCAGCAAUCCCAGCAAAGCCAACCUCCUUCGGCUCAAAAUUUACUCUCUCAGCUGACCGGUGCGUUAAGCUUAUCGCUGGCGGAAAACGGACAUCUCAUUCUCAAGCAUGACGUCAACAGCCUACAGGAUGGCCAAUCGCGAAUGAUUCUGCAAGCAAUUUUAUCGGGUGUGUUGGGAAACGUCAGUCUGGUGAACGAACCUUCGAAGCCCGUCCCGCCACCUGUUCAGGCGGCCCCAAUUGUGAGUCAACAACCGGCGCCAGUUCCACAAGCAAUACAGCAACAACCCUCGAAAAGCGUAGCCACCGUCAGCGGGCAGAUACAGCAUCGAAACGUUAUCGUUACCAGUUCUCAGUCUCAGUCGGCGCCGUCAGCCCAAUACAAUAUGUCUCAGUCAUUCAGCUCUCCAUCGAACCAUAUCAUGACAUCUACCAGUUCGGGACAGAUUAUUCACCAGCAUCAGCAUCAGGCUCCACAGUUGAUUCACCAACAACAGGCGGCCCAUUCCCAGCCCGCUGGAGUUACCCAGAGUCUGAAGGAGGUGCGAAGACACGAAUCAACGCAUCUGGAAGCACCUCCGCCGGUUCCGCAGCAGCCACAACAACAUCAACAACAGCAACCUAUCCAGCAAACGGUAGUCAUCAAUUCAAAUGCUCCCAAAUUUGUAGAAUUACCAAAGGUAGGGCCCAAUCAACAGCUUUUCUCGCUGAACACAUUAACGAAUCAGAUUACGCAAAUGAAUCCCGGACAAACAACGGCGGCAUUGGGCCCAAUGGAAAGACUGCUGAUUGUUCCGACGGGAAUAAAUGCGCAACAGUUGGGUCAGUGCCUGCUACAGGGACAAAUACACUUCAACAACAUCGGGCAAGUUACCCAAUCCAGUGACCCCAAAACACCUUCCCAGUCAAUGCAGCCUCAGCCCCAGUCCCAGGGGGUUAUGCCAACGCAACAUCAUCAUAAUCAGCAGCAGCAACAGCAGCAACAGCUAGUGACACAGAACAAUAAUCAAAGUUUUAAACCCGUGAACAGUGCACCCAUUCCGGUGGUUCCAAACAAAACACUCAACAGUGUGAAACCGGAAAAACCGAAGCGAAGCCGGUCGAAGAAGGCGGACAAGCAACCAACUAAAACUAGCCUGGUGAAAGUGAACCCCGUCAGCAGUGGACUUCCUCCGAAUGUGAUACUCCAGCCGGGUCAGCACGCCCAGCCCAUCCUGGCCGAGGAUGGAACCAAGAUUGGAACUAAAAUUGUGGGAACGGUAAAUCCCAACAAUUUUGUGUCGAAUCAGCCUCCGCCGCCGCAGCCUCCGAUCGCACAGGUUCAGCCCCAACAACAGAUGCACCAUCAGCAACAGCAGCAGCAGAUGCAAAUUGGCAAUACCGAGACGAUGAUUAACAAAACAAUUCCAACCGCGAUCGUUGCUGCCGGUACCGGACCAAUUCAGUGCAAUAAUUUGAUUGUGAAUAACGUCGGCAACAACGCGUCUAACGGGACAUCCGCUAAUAGCAGCAAUAGCAUUAGUGUCAACAGCAGCAGCAGUAGUAAUAGUAGUAGUGUAAAUGUGUGUGUUCAACCGAAUAACGUUCUAGGUGGUAGUAGUUUAAGUAAUAGUGGUAUUAAGAAAGGAAAAGUUCAACCGCAGCAGCAGAUACAUAAUCAAAUGCCUCCCUUAGUUAGCGUGAAUUCGAGCAGUGCACCAUCGACGGGAGCCACCCAUGGGACACCGAGUGUCGUACCUCGGGUGCAAACGAUUCAGCUAACACCCCAGAAACAGCAACUGCUCAAAAACGUCCAACAGCAAAUUCAGCAACUUUCAUCGAAACUGCAAAACAAGAAUCUACUUGCUACACUGACCAUUCCGGCGGACUUCGAUCCGACCAAUCCUAUAUACAAUAAAUCACUGCCGGUGCUGACAAACAUUCAGAGCAUGACGGAUCCGGACAUAACUCAGGCCCUGCAGCGUCUGUUCAUUGAACAGCAAAAAAUACUAGCAACGGGAAAAAUAAUCCCAACAAUUCCCGCCGGACAUGCCCUCGCGGUUGCUGCCGCAAACGUGCCACCUCCUCCGGCUCCAAUUUCGGGAACAACAACCCCCGGAGGAGCCAUCAUUAGUAGCGAGCCCAAGCCUCCACAGCAAGCAAUCGUGUCCCCAAUUUCGGUGACACCCACAUCGGCAAAUGCUGCCAUCUAUCAAGGGGGCGCAAACAUGCAAACUAUCCCCUCGCCAAUCCAAAUCAGCUCUCCGCAAGUGGUCAAACAAGAUGCGAUGAUGCCUGCCUCAUCAACGCCAAACUAUCCGACAUCAAUCGCAACCAGUAUCAAUUCUUCAAUGUCGAUAACGAUUACCAACAGUAUGCAAAUCCAGCCACCGAAGGGAGCGCCAUCUAAACCGAGCGGAGCGCCGGCCACUUCCAUCAUUCCGAUCUGUUCGACGCUUCCCCCACAAACAAACGUGACAAUUUCGCAGCCGGCCGUAGUGUCCGGCGGCCAAUCGACGAUGAAGCCUAAUGUGAAACAGAUGCCCCAACCGCCGCCACCGCAACAUCAAAUAAUUCAACUCAACAACAAAAACAUCACCCUAGCAAGUUCCCAACCCUGCAUCCCGAUGCCGUCACUGGUACCCACCCAACCCCAACCGCUGCAGUCCAUGAGUGUAACGAAGGUUGAGCUCCCUCCGACACCUCCACCGCCGGUUCUGGUGUCUACCCAGCACCGAUCCAAUACUCCCGUUCCACCUCCGCUGGUGCCAACCUCCAUGCCAAUCGUUCAUCAGAACAAAAACUUUCCCGGUCAAUCUAUUGUGAUAGUGAGUGGAUCACAGGCGAUCCUAACCAACGCAAUCGGGCAAAACGUUACCAGUACAGGAAUUGGCGCGAAACCAUCAGCAGUGAUACCGACGUCAUCCGGUGGAAUAGUCGUUCAGGCGAAUCCUUCCCUCCAUAUCCAGCUGCAACAACCCCCACAACCGAUGAACAUCGUCCCACCGCCACUGGUUACGAUGUCAUCGUUGGUUAUGGCAAAUCACGCUGCAGUGACCUCAACAGCACCAAGCAGUUUGAUCCCAUCGGUGACAAGCACGCCAACAACCACAACAGGGGCGCCGGCAAUCGGCAACAGCUCCAGCAGUUCCAGUGAAACACAUAUUACACCCGUUACUACUAGUAGCAUUCCCGUGCCGGUGUCUUCGGCCACAACAGCAGUCACGGACAGCACCACCAGCUGUCACAUCGCAACGCCGCCAACAACAACCGUUGUGACCACUACCAUUCCCGGCAGUACCAAGCUGGUUGUAGUACCGCGAUCAAGUUUGUUCGAACGACAAAUCUCAGUGGAUCAGGAUGCAUGCACCAGACCGGAUACCGAUACGCCCUUUGCCAACAAACAGGAUGCGGUAAAACGACUUAUUCGCUACCAUUGUAUGUACGAGGAGCGCAGCGAGGAAAACGAAGCCGAGGAGGAGUCGUUCGAAGGGAUGGCACAACAGUAUCCCACCAUCUACCGAAAUAUGCUGAACAAGUAUCAGAGCCUGCUGAUGCAGGAGUCGAUGCACCACGUUCGCACUGCCGAGCUUAUGAUGGUGGAUCGCAUGCUCGUGUCGGAUGUGAAGGAAGAAAUUCUCCAGAUGCAGUUGAAAAUCAACGAAUACCUCAAUCCGUCGUCAGUCAGUGAGAUGCACUACAGCAUAGACUCCCAGCAGCGAACUCUGUAUCAUCACCAUCAACAACAACAACAUCCCCAGCAGCAAUCUCACAUUUCUGUGGAAGACAACAAAAUCAAGAAAGAAGAGUUACCCUUCAUGAAUUCACCUUUGAUGACGACACAACACCAUUUGAUGGACAACUCUUCCUGCACUGGGCAAACGAGUAGUUCGGAUCCCAUUAAGGAUGAGAAAAUAAAAACGGAAGAAAUUUCUGCGGAUUGUUUGCAUGCGUAUCGUCACCACAAUAUGCACGAUACUUUUCCAUCGAGAUAUCCACAGUCACAACACUCACAGAUGUCGUCUAGGAGUAGCGGUAGUUCCGUUCGACCGUCUCCGGAUAUGUUUAAGAAAGAGAUUGAAAGCUUCGAUGAUAUUGAGAGUGAAAUCACUCCCAGUUUCAUAAUGAAGAAAUGUGAUAGCGGGAAGACACAAAUGGUGGCCACACAGGCGCAGCCUCCCCCACCUCCACCAUCGUUGAACUAUUUUAAUCAUGUAGAUGAGGGCCACACCCACGGUCAAUCCAAUAAAAUUGAAGAAGUGAAACCCAGCGAGCCUUACGACGAAUGGUUGUGUAUUCAAAAGGAGCUUAACUAUCUAACUGACGAGCGCAGGGAACAUCUGCCUAAGAACAUGAAAAGUUCAGAGGAAGAGAUCAUCGAAAAACAACUGGACGAUUUGUUCAAUCCUUCCAGCUCGGAGAAGGACGAUGGCGAGGUUAGUCGUGGUCAAGUUGAUUCGCCGCUUACGGACUUCUUCAAUGCGCAGCAUCAAGGUUCCGGCGUGGGAAGUGUUGGUGGUUCGAGUGUGCCUUCGGAUAAAUCGGUAGAGAAUCGACUGGAGGCGCUGUUUGGCGGGACACCUUUGCACAGCCGAAGCUCUGAAGAUAACUCCCCACAGGCGGACGAUGUGGUGAAGCAGGAUGAUCUGAUUGAAAAUCGUUUAGAAGCUUUAUUUCAGGGUGGUGAGAGUGCGUUGGAUAAUGCAAGCUUCCUCCAUAAAACGCACAACUUCGAGAUGAUUCAAGCCCAGAUAAGCCAGAAGCGUCACUGGAGUUCUACGGAAUGCGUGUGGGAGGAGGGAGAGAUUUCAGGAGGAAAGAGACAGUGCUUGUCGGUAAGCAAUAGAACUCAAGCUGAAGAGCAUCGUUGGUUACUUGAGUGUACGCAAAGUCAGGGUCAGUCACUGUCCAAUCAUACGGCUGAUGGAAGUCGUGGUCCACAGCAACAACAGCAGGGCAUCAAUGCGAUCGUCACAGGACUGGACGGACCGAACGAAAGUUCGAAACAUUCCCACCAUUCGCACCAAUCGUCCCAGGGGCCAAAUGAUUUGCAGCAUCAGUUGAGCCAUUUGAACUUCGAGGCUGGAGGUCCGCCCCCACUAAACUUUGAGGAAGAUAUCAGCCGACAGGUUCAGAAUGCAAUCGACUCCAUUCUGAACCUUCAAAGCAAUGAAGCGGACGCUGCUCUUCACUUCUCGCUGGACCAAUCCUUCCUGGCGGAUAGUCCACAGUCCAUUCAACGACCUCCUUCGUCGAACAAACGGAAAUUCCAUCAUAUCAACCGAAUCGACGACAUCAGUGACUGUCUCGGUUCGACCAUCGAUGAUACCAGUGACACUACGCUCAGCAGUCAUCACCAUCAUAAUCAUCAUCUGAACAACGUCCAACAUAACCAUCACUACCAUCAUCACCAUCGGCACCAGUCAGACUCUGCCGGAGUAGGUUCGCCCAUGACGGAUGGCGGCGGGGGUGGUAGUGGUGGCGGCGAUUCGCACGUCAAAACCAUCAUCAAAUCCUGACAACUUUCGACAGUCGGAGGAGGAUCACUAACGACGGCCUCCAAUGGGUUGGUAGUAGUAUCUGCUCCCUCGGGAGCGGCAACGGCACGCAGUGUAAGUGAUAAAAUAGAAAACAAUCGGUACCAGCAAAUAGGAGAGGUUGAGGGCAGAAACACAAAUACGUCUAAUAUAUAUUUUGCUGUGCAUUAAUUUUAACCUAUCGAAAGUGGGUUUCGAAUGUCAAAAAUCCGCGUUCAGAAACUGUUAUAUUCAAUAUCAAAGAAUAUUCCGAAUUGGUUUCGUUAUUGAACCAAAAUACACGAGUUGAUUGUUUUAUGCUAAGUGUUGUUGGUAUCAAUGUAUCAAUGAACCCAGGAGCAAAAAAGCGUAACCUAUAGAAAUAUGGUUUAAAAGGGUUAAUUGGCGUGACGUUGAAUUUUCUAUUAGAUAAUUAACUUUUUAGGCAUUUUGCAUUUGACCUUUUUUUACCACAAUAAAAAAUAAAUAUAUGAACAA